AUGGAGACGGAGCAAAUGGCUGCGAGUUGUCAUGAAGCGGGCCAGACUUCUGUCAGGAACUGGCGGUCCUCCAGCACAAGAGGAGCACCCAGAACUCCCAGUGACAUCACGUCUCGUUUCCGUGGAGAUGGGGUUCGCUACAAAGCCAAGCUGAUUGGCGUGGACGCAGUACCCGACGCAGAGGGGGAAAAGAUGUGCUGGGACUCAAUGAUGAAGCUAAAGGGCUUUGAGGCAGCAGCAAGGAAACAAGGGAGACACAAGCAAAGAGUUUGGCUGAAAAUUUCCUCCAGUGGCCUGAAAAUCUUGGAUGAAAGGACUGGGGCUGUGCUUCACGACCAUGACAGGAGCAGGAUCAGCUCUUUAAGGAGAGACGAGUCUGACUCCAGAGCUCUGGCCUACGUCUACCAAUACCAAGACACCUACUGCCUCUUCUACAUCAAGACAGCCAACCUGGCAGAUCCAGUCCUACUUGACUUAGAGGAUGUUUGUCAGAUUGUGGACGAGGAGACGUGUCCAGCAGAACCUGCAGAAACACCGACACAAGCCAGUUCCUUAUUGCUUCUAAAUGACAGUUCAGUCCCUCCAGAUGAGGGACCAGCUUUUAAGGAUAUAUUCAGUCCAAGACCGGAGUCUUCCUCAGGACGAUCAAACCAGACCUCUUCCAGUAAUGAGCUGAUGGAAGUCUUCUCCGUCCAGAUGGAGGAACCAAUGAUGCCCAGCCAAAGCCCAUGCACCAGUCAGCCAGGGACUCCACAGUCCCCACAGUCUCCCCAGGCAAUGCUCUCCACCUCUCAGAUCCUCUCCAUGUUCCCCACACAGCCAGUGGGAGGCUCUCCGUACUCCUCUCCACCGUACUCUCCCACCACCAUGCCCUGGGCCCAGCAGGGGCCUCUAGGAAAUUCUCAGUGGGCAGGUCCAGCUGUGGCACCUUGGCCCACAAUUCCUGGCAAUAUGGCAGCUUGGGCACCAGCAGGCAUGGCAGCACCACCUACAGGCAGCCAGAUUCAGGCAAACGGCCCUCAGCCAGGUGUCAUGGGAGGAGGAAGCACACCUGCCUCACCCACUGCUGUCAUCGGAUACCCCAGCUCUUUAAACUCCCACUACGCCCCCGCUGGAGCAGCAGCACCUCUGCAGCCAGUGUUGCCCAGCUUGGACUUGGAUCCCCUCCUGUGA